UUCUGACGUUCUUCCUCUUCCUGUCGUAUCACUGCACCACCUUCCAUCCACAACUUGCUAUCAACAUCAUUCAACCCAUCGCCAACCUCCUUGCCUCGAUCACCACUUCUUACCUUCAGACAUACUCUGCAAAAGUAACAGCAGAUUUUGCAGUGUCUGGCACGCCCUCACUUCCACUCACUACUCUUAUCUAAGUCGAACUCCUCGCUCCCCAACGAUGAAGGUCUCGUCAGUCGUCCUCGCUCUCUUAUCCGCCACCGCUGUUUCCUCGAGAUCUCUUUUUGGUAGCAGCCAAAAUGCCCUGGUUGACGAGCCCAAGUUCCCCGUCCCAGGAAAGAACCCUUUAAAUUUCUGCGCCGACCCCAAAGACUACAUCCUGACUGUCGAUUUUGUUGACCUUGUCCCCAAUCCACCCGUCCCUGGCGAGAAACUCACAAUCAUUGCCAAUGGCACAUUCUCCAAAGACAUCGACCCUGGUGCGACGGUUUUUUUGCAAGUCAAGUACGGAUUGAUCACCUUGAUCAAGCAAGAGGCCGAUCUGUGUGACAACCUAGGUCAAAUUGAUCUUUCAUGUCCGCUGAAGGAGGGCGCCUUGUCGUUGGUCAAGGAGGUGGAUAUCCCUAAGCAAGUGCCUCCUGGAAAGUACACUGUGCUCGCCGAUGUCAACACUGUCGACAAGGAGAAGGUCACUUGUAUGGAGAGCACAAUUACCUUUACCCGUCAAUGAUGGGAGAUGCUUUGGACCCCAAUUCCUCUUGUUACCGCAUAACCUCUAUCUGCACACACAUUGAUCAUGCUCAUUUAUGUUUCGAAUUGGCGGGGCGUCAUUGGUCUUGUCGGAAUGGCACAUUGGACUCUGUUAGUUAUACAACAAUCACCAGAUUUUUUUUAUUGCUCUACUUGAUGUCUCUUAUACGGGUAUCUGCAAGGACCAACAAUUCGUUGCAAAUCGAACAAAUCCGGCGAUCUACUUAGGGCCCGGGCCUUGUCGGCUAAAUUGGAUGGUUUCAUGCGGAAGCCGUCUAUGCAGUAUGGAAUCCAAGAGCACCGCUCCUGACUCUCAAUCUCUUGCCAAAUACCUGUAGAAAGCAGAUCAACAGGAAGGCAAACCCACAGAUGGCAGCCUGAAUGCCAAAGCUGGUCUUGGUCCCCUGUGCCUGUGCCCAGGUGACCUGAAAGUAGCUGAUGAUGAAGCCGCCGGUUGUACGAGAGAAGUUGAUCCAUGACGAGACCUCACCUGAUGCCUCUGGGUAACUGUCGAGAUUAUAGGCAUUGAGCCCGACUGUUGUAAUCAUGAUCCCAAAGACAUAUAGGCCCCAAAACACCGACGUCACCAUGUAAUGGUAACCCUCUUCCAAUGCGAA